AUGGGGAUAGACCGGCGGCGGAGAGCAUCGCUGGCUCUCACCUUGAACUUCCUCGCCUUGUUCCUGGCCGUGUCGGCUCUCACCACCAGCUACUGGUGCGAGGGGACGCGGAAAGUGGUGAAGCCGUUCUGUACCGGUCCGGUCACCACCAAACAGUCGUUCUGCAUCAGGUUCAACAGCUCCAACAUCAACGACACGCGGCUGGUGCAGUACAUCUGGGAAACCGGGGAGGAUAAGUACGUGAUGAGGAAGUUUCACACCGGCAUUUGGUUCUCCUGCGAGCAGCACAUCAACAUGACCGGUGAAAAAUGCAGAAAUUUCCUUUACGUUGCACCGUCAAAUGAAAGAGGAGUGCUGUGGCUGUGCAUUGUUGCCGAGUGCCUGUACAUCCUCCUGCUGGCCACCGGGGGCAUCCUCAUGUCCAUAGAAGUGUGUCACUUUGGCAAUGUCAUCGACGGCCUCAAGCUCAACGCCUUCGCUGCCAUAUUCACUGUGCUCUCAG